CGAUUCGAUUUUCACUUGCGUUUUCUCUACACUGCCCUUCCCCACAACCCUUCUUAUCCCCUCCCAUCGCGCCCAAACCUCACAGCACAACGUGCACUCUCACUUUUUCCUUUCUCUCUUGGAAACCCUUACUCUCUCCGCUAAUUCCACACAGAGUCUAUCUGUUUUCAUCUAUUCUUGUCAUGCCGAAGGUUAAAGCUGAUGCUAAAGCUGCCGAUAACAGGUUGAAGCGCAAGGGCGCUGGUGCUGGUAGGAAGCAAUCAAAGAAAGCUGCUAAGGAUCCUAAUAAGCCGAAAAGACCUCCAAGUGCUUUCUUCGUUUUCAUGUCUGAGUUCAGAGAGCAGUUCAAGAAGGAACAUCCAACCAACAAAUCUGUUGCUGUUGUUGGCAAAGCUGGUGGUGACAAAUGGAAAUCUCUGUCUGAGGCGGAAAAAGCACCCUUCAUUGCUAGGGCUGAGAAGAAAAAAGAAGAGUAUGAGAAGAGUAUCUUGGCUUAUAAUAAGAAAUUGGAAGGAAAAAAUUCAGAGGAAGAAGAGUCUGACAAGUCGAAAUCUGAAGUUAACGACGAGGAGGAAGACGAGGAGGAUGAUGAAGAUGAUGAGUGAAAUUUGCUACAUGUGAUGGAGCCUGGGAAGAUGUGGGGAAAAAUAUUUUGAAUAGAUGUUGGGUUUAGUAUUUGAUAGGACGGUUCCCAGCCCAUAUCACUUUGAUAAUUAGUUUCGGAAUUUUUAUUUGUUCUCUUUAGUUUUAGGUUAGUGCAAAAUUGAUAUUAGGGUCCAGUAUCAAGAUUAUGUACUUAAAGUCAAUGCUAUGAUAUGAUACGUUUCCAGUUAAUUUUCGAAGAAAUUCCAUUCUGCCUUUUAUUUUGUC